GCACGAGUACAAUAAAUGAAAUGCAUAAGUAGCGUGUGCUGUGUACUAUAAACGUUAACAUACAGAUCGAGAUUCAUUAUCGAUUAGACGUUCGGACAAAUCGUUCGUGGUGCAUUUUAUUUAACAUUUUCAUACUUGAAAUUUCGUUAUCUAUACCGACUAGUGUAUCGCACUUUGUUCUAUAUUCGUUUCAUUAGUGAUGAGAGUGUUUUAGAAUAUGCCUAUAUUUUAGUGAUGUGCUGAAAACGUAAACAAUCGAAUUGAAAUAUUUCGCAUUUAUCGUGAUUGAAAUUUUAAUCUUUGUAAAAACAUGUCGGAAUACACGGAAGAAACUGCUGUGAAAAACAACAAUCGAUCUGCGAACCAGUCUCCGUUACCGUUCAAUUCGAAAUCCGAAAUUUCCAGUGGAUACGCUUCAACAUCGCUGACGCCAAAUUCGCCGCAAUCUAUAUCGCCGCCCCAUACAUUGAAGAGAUCCAGAUCGUCGAGCUUUCGAUUAAUAAAUCGUCGCAUCUCUACCAUAUCGAACUCGUCUCAAAUUUCAAUUCCAACAGAAUCCAGCGAUCGUUUGGCAGCAUUCAUUGGUUGGUACCCGGCUUUCCUGAUUAGGAUUUUUUUCGAAUUGCUUGGUUUAUUCACAUUCGUGGUGAUCAGAAAACUACCUUUCGUAUUGCCCACUCUAUGGGUAUCGGCUUGUUUGUGGUUAUUCUGGAAAUCACUCAUGCUGCCGCUGAGUAUCAUAAAGAGUAUCUUAAUUUUGGUGUUCAUACCAGCGUCUGAACGUCGUAGAAAGAAACGUACAGUUUUGAUUAGUGGUGGCAGUACCGUCCAAUCUGUACAUUUAGCGAGAAAUUAUUGUUCGGCUGGAGCAAGAAUUGUCGUAUGCGAAGUGGAUGGUAAUUUCGGCCUCGCUAGAUUUUCAACUGCUGUUUCGUCGUAUUACACGGUGCCAAAACCUACCGAAGACUCGGCCGAAGAAUAUAUAGACGCUUUGAAAAAAAUCAUCGUCGAUGAAAGUGUAUCGUAUUAUAUUCCGGUAAGCGAGGCGAAUACAGCGUAUUAUGAUGCCCUGGCCAAACCUCAUAUUGAAUCUUUGGGCUGUCAGUGUAUCUGCCCCGAUCUUCGAGAUAUUUUACUGCUCGACGACACUCUCGAACUGAUGCGUAAAAUUCAAACCGAAAAUCUCGCUGUGCCAACCUACCACGUGCUGCAGAAUUAUAUGGAUCUGAAACGAGCUUACGAAUAUGGUACCAUACGAAACGAACCGCAUACGUUGGUCAGCGUUGGCCUAGCAGGUUGCAAGAAACGCCAAAAAAUCCACGUACCUUCCAAGAGGCAUAUCCGCGUACCUCAGCCUAUCAACGAACAAAAUCCUUGGCUUUUGAUGCAAGAUUACGAAGGCGAGAAUUGCAUUACUUGUACGACGGUACGUGAUUCUCAAGUUAUAGCCAAUGUUACUUGUAAAGUGGACGAUUUCGGAGGUCUUGUUCCAAUUCAAAAUGAAGAGAUCGAGCUAUGGCUCAGACAGUUUUUUGCCAGCUUGAAAUUCAAUCGCAAGAUCAUCGGUCAUCUCAGUUUUUUCUUCACCAUCACCGAUAACGGCGUUUUACCAAUGGGCUGCCAAGUCGGUAUUCGUAAACCUUUCAUAUUGUACACCAACGUCCAAUCCAGGCUCGUAUGUAAGCCUUGCAAACAUUUUAGUCGACAUAAAUCUGGACCAAUCGUUGCCAACGAUGGAAAGUAUUGGUUAAACGAGGCCAUGUUAAAUACCAUAGAGUAUCCUAGUGUGCGGAGUUUUACUAAAUUAUUCGAUAUCAUUUGCGGCAAACACGAAGCUCUGUUCACUAUAUGGGAUCCUUUACCGUAUUGCGCGUAUUAUUACAUACAGUUGCCGAUAACUAAUGUUUCUAAUAUAUUCAGAAGAAAUGCAUCUUGAAAAGGAAGGUUUCAUUUUUUUUUUAAAAUGCAGUAUUUCUCAAGUUGAAAGACGUAGUUUUGUUACCUAUAAAGUCGUUCGAAUUUUAUUUUUCACGAUGGAGAUCGCUUUUAUUUGGACGAGAUGAGUUUUAUUAAUAAAUGAAAUGAAAUCUCUGGAAAGGCAAAAAUUGUAAAAUGCUUGUACGUGAGGAUCAUUCGAUUUUAUUUUAUUUGUUUCAUCAAUUGCAAAUUUAUAAAGAACUGAGCUGGGCAUUCGUGCCAAUAUUUUAUUGUUGAUUAUUUGAAACAACCGAGAUUAAAUUUAUAUCUGCAUUGCUCAUGUUAUGAACGUACGUGUAUUUACUUCUUCAUGGAGAACAAACAUUUUCGUUUUCAUUUCAAUGCGUCAAAAGAUGAACAUUAGGUACAUGUCGAGGAGCCACUUCAGGAAUUUUUUAAUGAAAAAUUUUAAUGUUUAGUCAUUAAAAAAAUUUUUUGAUCACUUACUUGAUUCUACUUUUUUUCUUACUUAUAUGUACUUCAAUUCGUGUCCAUAAGUAUCAUCAGGUCUAAACUUGAAAAACGUAGGUAUGUUUUUUUACCUUCAGAUCAUGCGAAUUUUUCUUACUAGGUAUACUCUAUAUAUUAUUCUUAUUCAGAAAUUACCUACCUACUUUACUGGUUUCAUUUGUGAACCUAAACAUUAAUUGAUGAUUUGCGGACGAGAAUCUGUAAAAUUUAUUCAUACAGAGUGUUAGCACGGUCAUUUCAUUCUAUUUAAUUAUUUUAAUUAUGUAAGUUGUGGUACCUACAUGCAUAUUUCGCUCAUGAUGCUUUAUUUGUUCAUUUUUGUCAGUGAGUAACUUAGUUGUCUUUUUUUACCCAUUUCUUUUUCUUGAUGAUUUCGAGUUGAUUUUUCGUCAUGAUGAAAAUCAUUUUUUCUCCCAUUUUUAUAUUGUUUGAAAUGUGAAUUAAUUAUUUCUGUUCGUAUUUUAACAUAUGUAAUCCAAAUAAACCUACCUACCUAUUCUUCAAUUGUGAAUUUUCGUAACAUAUUUAUUUUAUGUGUAUGAUGUACGACAGUUUUUAAUUGUUUUCAAAAUGUUCCUGAUUGAAAUUUUCAAUUAAUUGACUAGUUUAACGAUGAGCUGUAUUUUUAUGUUAUUAUUUUUUAAUCAUAAGUUUUUAACAAUCUAGGCAUUUACUUAAUUGUAAGCCUUGUAAAAAAAUCAAUGAUGGCAGAUUGGCAGAUUACUUUUUUUCACCUAUUUUGAAUUAAUUUAGGAAUGCAAUAAGUAUACUUGAAGAUUCUGAUAAUUUAAUGACCUCCUUAUUCCUUGGUGAGAAAGAUACAUGCGUGAAAAUUUUCCAACUGUACAUUCAACCAACCAGUAUUUUUAUUUUAAUAAUUACCAUUGUAUAGUGAGUAUAUAUAGCAAUAUCAAAAUUGUACUUUGUAAUUUAUAAACGAAUGAAUUAGAUGAUAUCGUAUCUGUUAUUAUACGUUUUAUCUUAAUCGAGAUUACCAAUUAAUUGAAUUUUGCAAAACUUGAAACUUGUAUAUUAUUUUUUGCACAAGUUCAAAGGGCGUUUUUCGAUCAUUACAAAACGUACAUGUCGUUUGAACCGUCCCGAAAAUUUUAUUGUAAUAUAAUUUUUUUGCGA